CCGAAAUAUAGAUCCCAAUUAUUCGAUGACCAAUUGGAAUUUGCUAUAGAACAAUAUAAUUCCAUCGUCACAAUAUUCUAUACAUAGCCCUCGAAUGUUAAAAAAGGCCAACAAAGUGCUAAGUAUGGGGGUUGGCUUACCCGUUACAUUUUGACAUACAUGUUUGAUUCAAAUGUUCUGUUGUCUUUUUUCUGGGAUGAAAAAUAACUAGGCAUUAGAAGUCAGGGCUAGAGCAGAGCAGACCUACCGAGAGAGGUUGAAAUGAGUUGAAUUCUGAGAAGCUUAAGACAAUUUGCUCAAGAUGAUAUUUCCAAAAAAUUGAAUAGUGUAAUAGAAAUAGAUAGUGAAAUCAGGCGCCAGGGACGCCUGUCAAAGCUUUUAGGGUGCAAAGGACCAAAAGGGGCAAAAAUACAAAAAUAAAGAAAAUUCUAAAUUUUCACUACCUUUGCAGUGCAGAAUCCCUAGGUUUGGGCUUAACUUAACUUCCCUGAGAAAACCUUACUUGUGACAAAAAUGGUUUGCUCUUUGCAUUGUACAGGUCAUAUCUGUCAUUUGCUAUGACGUAUUGCACAACACAUAACAAGGAUUUCAUCUAAGGUUGACGAUUUCCCCUCCCACCCAUCUGUAUCAAAUACUCGCGAUUCCACGUCACACUGUGUCCACGUACACCACGCAUUUCAAAUAUUACACCCCUUCUACUUGUUUGUGAAUCAUGACACCGUUGCAAUAUCGCCCAUCCGGCAAUAUCGCCCUAAACUUUGCUGAUUCAAAGAGCUAAUUGUUACUUGCAUGUCUUUUGAUAGUUAAAUUUUAUCCACUUAACAAUCGAAUCUGCCCGUGAUUACACGCACAGUGAUCUUAAAAGAGACGGGUUGCGCCUUGCCUUCCAAGGUUUCAUGUGUACUGUAUUGAAAACUUGAUUUGUAUUGUAUUUUCCACAAUAACGCCUCCAAACCACCUCCCAAACCAGACAAAACAGCAUAUAAAGAGCUGGCAUUUGCAAUCAGGCAUACAGUUGCAGUACAAUAGACGUUCUACAGCAGCAUGCCAUGCAAGAUGAUUUUGAAUGGGGCACUGUUACUGCUUUCUGUAAGCGCCACACUGUGUGCCAAUUGGGCAGAUACAGCAAGGCGCGCAGUGGAGGAGCAAGCAAAAGAAAAUGAAAACAUUCGACAGGAGCUCGUCAGGCUCGGAAGACAGAUGAUGCUACAGCAGUUUUUUACGGAGGAGCGUGUAAGGUCUGAAGGAGGUUCAGGUCUGAAGCAAAUUAGAAAUCAUAAUGUUGGUUUGAAAAACUACUUCUCGGCGACACAUUCGGGGGGUUCAAUGGCAGCCAUCCAUGACCAUGCAAAUAACAUUAGAACGGUAGGAAUGGGUGAGUUCGUGGCUGUUCUCAAUGGAGUCGAAUUCAGGACACGUCAUAACGACUAUCGUUUGUACAUGGCAUCCAAUGACAAAUCUUACCAUGGGCGGCAGGACAUUCCCUUCCCUGAUGUUCCUCCAGAAGUCCUGCAGCAUUCAAAGAUCGAUGACCAGGCCAAGGAAAUGAGAGAAUGGUUCAAAGCGUGGAGAGACCAAGAUCAUUCGACAAGAGAUUACCGUAAAUACUUCAAGCCAGUUCUUUGCUACUUGGAAGGAGCAUGGACAAGGCCAGGAAAUUCCAUUGAUGAACCAUUCCACAGUGACAGACAUUUCGUUGAUGCAAAAAAUUGGUUUGAUCUCCAAGAAAAAUUCAGGUUCACCUCCUACACUGGCUCAAAAAGCAUCCUUGAAAACCUUCCAUUUCUCCCAACGACCAUAAUGCGAUAUGUAAAUGAAACUAUCCCCGUUUUCGCACAGUGGAACUACAGAAUCAACUGUCACCCAUUGAAGAAAGAGGUACCUUUGAGCAAAUUCAAGCUAGUUGACGAUGUCGCAAACAGAAUGCGCUACAAGAGGUCCUACCAUCAAUAUCUGCAUUCAAGAGCAGCAAGAUUCUCUCUAGAUGACAGCGGCCAGGAUCGUCCAACAACAAGGAGUUUUCUUGACGAUCUUAUGGAAGAAAUUCCUGGAAAAGACAACUAUGCAGCAGAUUUGAAGGAUAUUGGCUUCAAUGCUGAGGGGGCCACGCUCGACCCUGUCACUGGCAAGGUGAAGAACGUCGGAUUCUACCACAGAUUGUACAAAGUUGCUAGGCGAGAUGCUAUGGGACUCUCCCUGGUCCAUCGGGGUUUCUCUGACGAAAACAUGUUUUGUGCCAUGUCGUCCCAAAAAGAGGUUGCAGGGUUGGAGGUGCCCAACCCUAAAAAAUGUCGCUGGGUUAUUCCUCCAGGUGGGGCAUGGAGAGAUCGCAAGCGGGUGUGUGAUAUGAUUCACCAAAAAUGGACAUGGGCCAUUCCACUGGAGGUGAUCUACCUGACACCUCUGCAAAAAUGGAACCCCCAUAACAUUGAGUACAAAGGAGAUGCAAACAGUGCACCAGGAAAGACGGUUACUGCUGACAAAAGGUAUGGCCAAUGUGGAAAAGACCUGAAUGACACAUCAACUGCUCAUAAUGGAACAAACAGCCGAGCCUACUACCUCACACCUGCUAGCUUUUUCACUGGCACAGAGCAGAAUACGGACGCUGCAGAUACGUCUGGUCGUUAUGGUAAAUGUAUUCUUGAUAGACAGGGCAAAAAACACAGGUUGAUGGCGUCUGGUGUGAGAAUUUUCUUACCAAAUAUUCCCGGAGUCGGAAUAUUAAGAACAAGAUACCCAAUUAUGCCGGUCCAUGGUGAAGGGGGAUCAGUUUGGAAGGAGCUGAAUGCAUUGAAAGAGAUCGUUAUGAACCCGAAGGCACACGAGAGAAUGCUUUGGGACAGUGACGUCAAGACAGCUACGGAUUCUGAAUGGGAAAUGUCACCAUCUCGCAUUGGCGCUGAGCAUACACACACUGUUUUGUUGACUCCAGAUGAAAUGUCACAACUUAAAGGUGGCAGAGAGUUGCAGGUAACAACAAGUUUAGCCAAUGGCCAUCAGCAUUUCCUUAACAUCAGAUGGCACUCAACAAAGAAAAUAGUGUACUAUACCAGGUGCAGUGGCCAGUCUAUUUGCCGUGACAGGCACGCAACGGACUUCAGUGCUUUGAAUACAGAUCCUUCAUCUUGAUGUUCUUACACUUCUCAAAUAAACAUUUUCUUUAUUUUAUUUGUAACAAAAGCACAAAGCACUGGCUUAGCACCAAGAAAGUGUUAUUAUUGCUUAAGAUUUUCCUUGUCAUGAACUUUAAUUCUAUUUGAAUGAAUGCACUUGCAAA